CCAAUUACGUCUUUCAGCGUCAAGUUACCAUGGUAACUCAAGAAUAGCCAACAUGCGACAAUUAGCUCUUAGCUUUUAAAUGCUACAAUACACUCUGUUGGACACAUUUCUUUUUUCCACACAUCGUGGAAAAAAGGUCACUGCACUUCAGAUUUUCACAAUUGAACACGUCUGUUGUACAGCACAAAAUGACGACCGUUACAUCAGUGGGUGGUGACGUUGAAUCUGUAACUGUGAGAAGAACAGAGUAUGCAGAUGCUCAGGAAAUCAACAAUCUUAUCAGUCCUGCAACUACUGCUGUUUUUGGAAAUGUCAAUGUUAUAUAUCUGCUAGAAAAGGCAAACUUGGCAGUAACCGUAACCACAAACAAGAAUGAAGUUCUUGCGCAUGCUGCCUUUCUGGACUACCCUAUGGGAGACUUAGUGGAUCAGGCUGAAUGGGAGUCAUUUCUGCACCAGCACUACAAUAUUGAAAAAUGCACACCCAUGAACACACUGUUUCUGCACCUCUUUGUUGCGCAAUCCAACUUCUCAUCUGGCAGUGCUAAAGAGAUUGUCAGGACUGUCUUUAAUGCCAUCACAGAGCUUCAAUACAUCCUCCUGGUUGUACAAAACAAAGUCCGUAUUGGUAACUUAGAGCCAGCACUGGUGGAAAUCUUCGAGCCACUGAAGCCUGUGAAACAAACAGAGUUCCCCGGCUCUGCUUUUGUAUGCCACAGACACCACUCCUGUCCUCAGCUCCACGUCCGCAGAGCAAGGGUGGAGGAUCACGAUGACCUCAUCCAAAUAUUCACGGAGCAGACGAAGGCUCUCUCCAGCACCUACGGCAGCUACUUCCUGGCUGAACUCAUCGAGGCUCAGGAUGAGGAGAACCAGGCAGCUGUCUGUGAGAGUGAUGGAACUGCGGUUGGAUUUAUCAGUGUGAGUGGGGACAUAAAUAUAACCAUGCUCAACCAAUGCUUUGAACUUGGACCCUUCAAUGGGCUGCGCAAGACAAAGGCAGAGAUCCCCACAGCUGAACCCCUUCCGCAGUCUGACCCCCCAUUGUCCACCCCCUCAAAGGACGUCACUGGAGCACAAAAGACAAACAAGGAGGCAGGGGCAGAGCUCGAGUUGGAUCCUCCGAAUGCAUUCCGCGUCCAGCUCUUUGUCAUCGACAAAAGAUUUGAGAUGAGGUCUGUAGACUUCCUGCCUUAUGUCUUCAAACAAUUCCCUACGAGGGACUUCUGCAUCAUCUCGGUGCCCAAGCUGGCCCCAGAGUUCCCGCUGCUGCAGUCCUUCUUGCGUGUGGUCCCUCACCACACCAGCAGCCUGCCCCAGGAGCUGUACAUCUUCCACAGGGCCGGCCUGCUCAAGACGUUUGACGUGAGAGUGGCUGUGUCCACCGACAUGCCUGCUGUCCAAGACCUGGUAAAGCAGCUCAGUCUGCACGAGUCCCUCCUGAAGGACCUGGACUUCUUCUUCAAGGCCCGUCAAGACCCGGAUGGAACCCCUUUGCAAGCAUGUGUAGCUGUGGUUCAGAGGCAAAUUGUUGGAGUAAUGAUCAUCAGAAAUGAACAGGACAUAGAGUACAUCAGAGCGAACUACAACAUUGAGAACUUCGUCUACUUCAGCUAUCACAGGCAGGAGGAGCACGGCCAGCUGUGCCACUUGGCUCUCAACCCCACCUUCCAGCACCACGCCAAGCACUUCCUCAAGGAGGCGCUGCGCCUCACCCACAAGACCUGCCUCUACUACCCCAUCUACCCUCCACUCCACAAGCAGGAGAAAUCCUGUGCCCACUACCUCACCGCGGCGCUGAACUACAUGGUGCCCGUCCGCCCGCGCCGGCAGAUCAUCUUCCCUCUGGAGGAGCUUGGCAUGAACGCGCCAUCGCAGCUGAUCACCAAUGAGCAGCAACCGUAUGCACUCAACCAUUUCAAUCGGAAGCUGACCAUGGAGCCAAAAGUCACCAUCAAUGCCAGGAUAGUGGUUGUGGGAGCGUCGGACACAGGCCUGUCCUUCCUGGAGGUGUUCAUCUUUUGCCCUCAUCUCAGGUUCAACAACAUCACUUUGAUCUCCACUCACGGCAGCCCAGCCAGUCACAGCAAUGAGGCCACCAGGUUCCUGGGUACAAGCCAUGGCUACACGGCCAGGGCCCAUGCCCAGCUAUCUUUGCGCUCCUGGAUAAACGUUGUGACGGGUAAGAUGAUCGGCAUCGACCGGGCGUCCAAACACGUACUGGUGACAGGCGGCAGGAGAGUGCCUUACGACCAUCUCAUCCUCUGCACUGGAGAACAGUACCAGGUCCCCUGUCCAACUGGAGUGGACAUCAGUAGGCUGGCCUCCAGUGCUGGCAUCAUCCCUCUCCAGCCAAGGCAGACCUACACAGGGGCCGUGCCCUCCAACCUCUUCACCCUCAACGAUGAGCUCGACUGCCAGGCUGCCUACAGCUGGCUGGUCAACAACUUCAUAGAGCAACGUCAUGUCAACUUCACAGAGCAGCAAAGCAUGUCCACCUCCAAUACCUCCUAUCCUCUAGGGGACACUGUGGUGUAUGGCAACAGCAUUGAUGUGUACAGCUGUGUGGAAGCCCUGAUGGGCAUGGGGGUAUGUGGCUCCAGGAUCCACCUGGUCCACCCACCCACUGACAGUCCGGGCUCCUGCUUCGAUGACCCUACAGUGGCAGAAGCCGUGAUGAGGGCCUUGGGCAAGAGUGGCAUCCACAUUCACCACAACUGCUUAUUGGCUCAGUGGAAUGAUGGACAACACCCUGACCCUAUCACGUCAGUAUCCUUCACUACUGAUGGACCUCCCCUCCGACUGAAGUGUGCGGUUUUUCUGAACCUUUCCACCAAAGGCGUCGACUACGACGCCUUCAAAACCAUCAACGAUGCCUGCCUGGUGUACGACGGGCGGCUGGUCAUUGACACCACCUUCCACACCAACGACUCCACCAUCAGAGCCGCCGGCCCCAUGACCAAGUUCGCCCGCCGCUACCACGCAGACCAGUGGUCCCACGGGCACUUCAACUCGAAGGAAGUGGGCCAGGAGCUGGCCACCGUGCUCCUGCCCUUCUUCGACCCGACGCUGGAGUUCAUCAGCGAACCCCCCACUGACGUGGACCGCCUCAUACCCCUCUACAGCCAGGCCAAGAUCCAAGGUGCCAGACUGCCUGGAGGGUUCAGCUACCUGCAUGCCACAAGACCAGCUGUUUGGUUGAAGCCCCCUAGGGAUUCAGAUGGUAAGGACAUCAUCACUGGGAGUACAGAGACGGGCGACUACUUCCGGCUGCACCUUAACCAGCACGGCAUGGUGGACACCAUCACCUGUCUGUCCAUCAAGCCGCUGCCGCUGUCCAACUACCUGUGUCUGUACGGCAAACAUGAGCAGCUGCUCAACCACCUGUGCUCGCGCUACGAUGAAGGCCUGGUUCAUGACCUCUACAGCUACUUCCGGGAGAGAUGGUGCCCGGCAAUUUAUCACGACCGCUUCCCUGAUUUCGAGGAGGAUAUGCACCAGAUCAUGGAAUCCACUAACAUACAGUUCCAGGGCAACGCCGUGUCUAUGCCUGAACUCAUUCAGAGACUGGUGGAGGGUAAAGUGGAAGUCACAGAGGACCCAGAGCUGUUCCUCGGGAAGAGUUUUCAAAACAGCGAGGGAUUAACCUCCUUGAAGAAGAGCGCCCUCAAUUACCUUAAGUACAACAGAUACCAUCUGACCAUGUAUGCACAGGCAGGAUUACCCUGAGUGCACCACAUUUCACAGUUUCCUGCCGUGUGUCUCUGCACUAUUCUAAAUGCAAAACUCCUUUUUGUUGUGGUUUCACAGAGGCAUUGUCAUGGUUUCAUUUCUGAUUCUCAUUUAGUUUCAUGUUCUAAUAUGUUUUUUUUGUUGUUGUUGUUGUUGAACAAAACACACAUAAAUAAAAAAAAUACUUGUGCUGGCUCCUCACAAAAUUCGUCCACAUGCUGUCUGGAUGUAAAGUGUGGAUUGGAAGAAUCUGACAUCAUUACAGACAUACUAUAGAAAGUCAUUCUGCUGCCGAGGGAGGUGCACUUGCUGCCCUUUAGGAGUUCUGGCAGCUGUAUGUUAAUUGAGAACAAAUCUUCACCGCUCCUCUCGCGCAACAGCACACGCCGCUGAACAAACACCCGCACACGCGCGCCCUGACGCAUGAGCUCGGUCAGGCAUCUAUUUUGCCCAUUAACUUUUAUCUAUUAUCGCGCGGUAUGGGUAUUCUAACACGUCAAUUGACAUGGUUCAAUGAUAUUAAAUUGGGGAUCAGCCUUCUGUCUAAUUUAGUUUUACAAAAAGCGAUUUGUGUGAGUGGAAUAAUGAGCUGCCAUACACCUUAGAAAUAAUACAUUUUUACUACUUGCUUUAACAUUUUACUAAAGACAUUUUACGGGUUUUCUUGCGUAUUCAUUAAAACCAAUGAAUUUUGAACUCCAUAGUUAGUCCAGUAUUCCAUUGUUUGUUGAGUAUGCUUGCCAAGCAAAUACGGUUCGAUGAUAGUACAAAACAAAAAUUCCUGGAGGACAGUCUUAAUUCUUUGACAGUGUGCUAAUUUAACUUCGCCCCGCAGCAGCUUUAUGCUAAUGAGCAGAACAGUGGGCCCCGCAGCUUGAUGCGGGGCUUUCGCGUGCCUGGAAAAUAAUCAUUCCUACAGACAAGUGGAUGUGUCAAAAUGAGCUUGGGGCACUUAGUAUAGAAAGACAACAUGGAAUGAUUAGAGUUUGAAUCAUUUCCAAAUGUUGGAAUUGUUUGUAAUACUUUUACCUUUUGUAGAAUUCGCUAGGAAUUAAUUUAGUGACAUAUAUCUUCUUAAAACGAUUAAGCCGUGAAAUUAAUUUGAUGUUAUCUAAUUUACAAACUACCCACGGGGUCUGAUUACCAGAUACUAGCCUAUAUCAUAUAUUGUACAACAUUUGAAACCCUGUUUGGACAUGUUCUGUUUACAACCGAAUUAAUGAUCCACAUGACAGGGUCCAGUCAAACCACAAUCACUGAGGCAUUAAAACAAUCAUAAUCACUUCUUAGACGUGGAUUUUAGGUAGGAGAAGAGUGAUUUGGCCGAGAGACAGUGCAUUUAUAACCCCGCGGUAAUCGUUCUUUGCCCCAUUUGAAGAUCUUUGUCCAACUGAUUACGCCUCACGCUUCUCCCUCUCUCUCUCUCGACCAGAUUGCUUGUGAGCCCUAUUUUACCGUGCAAUUUCCUUUUCACCCGCAUACGGGGUGCAGACUGCACAAGCGUGGCUUUUGUGAUGCAAAGCAGGGGACCCCCUCUUUUAUUAAUUAUGUAUGCGUAAGAUGACUGAUUCAUAUGUCCGGAAUUCAACUGUCGUAUCAAACACAUGUCGCCAUUGGCGCUUUGUUCAAACGCAAGACAUUGCACAAUAAAUUAUACAUUUUAUCAGUGUUCGUACAAUGGGUGAAUAUGUUAUUUUUGUUUCAUGUGCUCAAUCUAUAUUCUUUACUUUAAGGAAAUAAGACAGAAUCUGAAGCACUCUUGGACGUUGUUGUCCACACGAUGCGCUGCUUUGUUGUCAUUUUCCGUUGAUGGGCAACCCCUCCCCUUUUUAAUUUGGGAUUCUGAUGGUCUGGUAGUGACGGCCAGAUCAGAGCCCCCCAAAGGAGCCACACAAAGCCGAGGCACGUGUGCAUUUGUAUAGAAACCCAUCAGACCGUAAAAAGAGGUGGGUCCCGGCGUGUGCCCUUGUCGGGAAGGAAGGGGCGCGGGCCGCAUUGUAAUAUAAUAAACCUCAGGUACAUCUGCUUAGCAAUCUGCAAAUCCUCCUACAUUUUCACCCGACACCAAGCCUUCAUACCCUCCCACUCACAAAUCCAUAGGGAUCUUAGUUCCAUCUGAUUGGCUGAGGAUGUGGCAACAAGGGGCGAGAACAAUGUCAUCAUUUCUCCUUAAAAAGAGUGCUGCUAUGCCUUACUGAUGAAAAGCAUUUCAUGAAAAGAACGUCGAGACGCGGAGACACCACAGAAAACCGAAAUAUCAUCGGUGUCCGCAAUCCUCCAGACUCGGGAUUUUUUUUUCUGUGACACCAUUCGUCUCUCGCAUCCCCUUUUUUCUAAAGUGCCUUCUGUUUAACCACCAAGAUGCCCAGAGGAUUUUUAG